UUUGCAUCUGCCCGGUACGGGUGGGCGGCCGCGGGAGGAGCGAGGCCGCCGGUUGCCGCCGGUUGCCGCCGGUUGCCUGGAGUGCUCUCCCUCAACGCCGGCCUCCGUGACCCUGGUCAGCCGCUCGCCUACUCUUCAGCAGUUAACAUUGAAGAUCCGAUGGUUCGCUCAGUGAGUAACGAGACCAGCACUGAAAUGACGAAAGAAGAUCCUUAUGUAGAACCUUCCAACGAUGAGGACUCUGUAAGUGGAAAUUACAACACUAUAUCCUCAGAUUCUGAGAGAUCAGUUGUCCAUCCAGUAGUUUCAGCACCUAUGCCUACAGAUUGUGAAUUUUCCUUCUUUGAUCCACAAGACUCAGCAUGCAAACGAAUCCUACGCGAUCUUAAUACAACUAUUCCAGAAUUGUUUGCUAUCUUGCGUCAGUGGGUUCCACAAGUGCAGCAACAAAUUGAUGUGAUUGGGAAAGAGAUUCUGAGUCGAGGAUGCCAUGUGAAUGACAGAGAUGGCUUGACAGAUAUGACACUCCUACAUUACACCUGCAAAGCCGGAGCUCAAGGAAUUGGGGAUGCAGAUGUUGCUGCCAAGUUUGCUUCGCAAUUGAUAGAGAUGGGAGCAGAUGUUAAUAUCCGAAGCCAUUGGACUAACAUGAAUGCUUUGCAUUAUGCCGCUUAUUUUGACGUCCCGCAACUAAUAAGAGUAAUUAUGAAAGGUGCAAAUGCUGGAGCGAUAGAUGCCACCUGCAGUGACUUCAACUUUGGAACACCUUUGCAUAUUGCAGCAUCAAACCUUUGCUUGUCAGCUGUGAAAUGUCUUUUGGAACAUGGAGCCAAUCCUGUAUUUAGGAAUGAUAAAGGGCAGACGCCAGCUGAUAUUGUCCCUGACCCUUUGGACAUGCCCCUGGAUAUGGCAGAAGCCGCAGUGAUUGCCAAAGAAUUAAAGCAGACACUUUUGGAUGCGUUACCGCUGAUCUGCGACAUAACAAAGUCGACACUGACAAACUAUGAUCACAUCUCUGGGAAGGCACUGCUGAUGUCACUGGGCCUGAAGCUGGGAGAGAGAGUGAUGAUUGCAGGGCAAAAGGUUGGAACACUUCGAUUUUGUGGUACCACUGAAUUUGCCAGCGGCCAGUGGACAGGGAUUGAGCUGGAUGAACCAGAGGGGAAGAAUGAUGGAAGUAUCUGUGGCAUUCAGUACUUCAGCUGCCCUGUGAAAUAUGGAAUUUUUGCGCCACUUUCCAAGAUUAGUAAAGUUCCCACAGAGAAAAAGAAAUUAAGCAGGACAUCUUCAGUUAAAACAAUUUCUGUCCGAUCUCAAAAAAUGGAAUUGUCACAUGUUGCAUCAAAGGUGAACACAGGUCUACAUCCUUCCAAAAAGUAUGUUUCAAAGCCCCCCAUUCCUGUUCAGGAUAUUACCAAACCUCAAACCGGAACGGAAGCUUCUCUGCCUGGGUCAUCCUGCUCUUCCUCUUCCUCUUCCUCUUCAAUAGAGAGUAGACAAUCCAGACAAAGGCAGCUACUGACUCGACAACGGAGCUUGACCCACUCAAAGAAGAUGGCAACUAAACUGGUACCUGCCAUCACCAAAAGCACCGCAGGUUUGCGGAAGAGAGUUCCAUCUGUUGGCAGCCUGGACUGUGAUGAGACUCUUAAAGCUGAUAUGCAAAUUGGUGAUCGUGCCGUUGUUGUUGGGCAGAGGAGUGGAACGAUACGCUUCUAUGGGAAGACAAAUUUUGCACCAGGUUAUUGGUAUGGGAUUGAAUUGGAUAAACCGAAUGGCAGAAACAAUGGCUCUGUAGGGGGCGUGCAAUAUUUCACCUGUCAGCCAAAGCAUGGUGUGUUUGCACCUCCAUCGAGAGUUCAGAGGGUGACUGAAGCAAUGGAUUCCUUCUCAGAUAUUCCAACCAGCAAAUUCAAUCGAUCACUUAUAGGUUUCCAUCGAAGUUACAGCACUCCAUCUACUCUUCUGUCACCAGGGGAAUGCAAACAAAAGAACUCUUCAAACAGGCCAAAAAAUCCAAGCAUGAGACGAAGUUGGAGCAGCACAAGUACGACUGAGAGAAAUGUGAAGUUACACGAAGGGUCACAGGUACUGCUGAGCAGCUCCAGUGAGAUGGCGAUCAUUAGAUACAUCGGACCCACUGACUUUGCUCCCGGAGUUUGGCUUGGACUGGAACUGCGUUCACCUAAGGGAAAAAAUGACGGCUCCGUGGCAGAGAAACGUUAUUUUACUUGUAAACCAAAUUACGGAGUUCUGGUACGACCAAGCCGUGUGACCUACCGAGGUAUUAAUGGGACAACAUUAGUGGAUGAUAUUGAGGGGUAAAUGAUUUAUUUUUACCAAGGUAAGGAGAAUGUAGGAAAAUGUGAAUUUAACAUGAACCUAAGCCUGGAGUUUCCUCUCCAAUUGCACACUGAUUAUUCAAAACAAUUCAAACAAAUUCCAUAAUUUUUAAGGCUUGGGAAAUUUUGGUUAGUAGUCAUAUGGAUAACCUAAGUCGCCCACGUUUCCUUCAUCCUUUCCAUUUGUUUGUAAACCGGACAUUUGGCCGCAGCAUGAAACACAUGCUUAGGAAGUAUGGCAGUGCUAUCGUGCUAUAUACUUCCAUCCGCACUUUGUAUUCAGCCUCUGAAAUUCAAUUGAAUUUGGCACCUCCAAUCAGAAAUUAAUUUCUCGACAAAUGGUCCUACAAUUGCAAUUUUUUGGGUUUUUUUUUUUUUGCAUUUAUCCUCACCCGAACUUGCUUUAUAUUUUCUGCUUUAUCUGUGUGUUGAGGUAUCAGGAAAUCUACACCACAUUAUUCUCACAAAAAUCAGUGGUAACAUAACAAAGUUGUCACCUCUUAACAUUUAUGGAGAGAUUCACUCAUUUUGCUCAAAAUAUUCACCAGUUUGUAGAUAUUACUCCAAGAAAUGUACAGAAUUUCAUACAUGACAAUGUGUUUUCAAUCUAUCUCACUGAUUUUGAUCAUAUAUUUCACUCAUGUUUCCUUGAAGGUGACUGCUCUGUAUGAUACCAGAACUGAGAGGUUAUAACUAUCAAAGAAGAUUGAACAGCCUGGGACUUUUUUCUUGAUGUGACAAGGCUAAAGGAUGACUGAGUAGAGGUCAUUACAAUUAUGAAAAGGUUUGAUCUUGUGGAGGUAGAGAUGAUAUUGCAACCUGUGAGGAAGUGUAAAACUGGGAGUCAUAAAUAUAUGAUUGCCACCAGUAAAUCGGAAUUUUUUUUUAGGAGAAAUGUCUUUAUCCCAGAGAGUUAUUAGAAGGAGAAACUUGCUGCCAUUCGGUGUAGCUGAGACGAUGAACAUAAGGCUUUUAAGAUGAAGUUAUCUAACAACACGGGGGGGAAAGGAACGAUGGAUGUCUAUGCAGGGAUAGAUUAAACAGAUUGGAAGGGGCUAUUUGCAGCAGAAAUACAAGCAUGAAAUAAUUAGGCUGAGUGGCCUGGUUCUGUGCCGUAAAUUCUGCUUAUUUUUAUGUAAUUCCAGUAAUGACUUUUGACACUAAAAAAAAGAAUUGACCAUUCAUCCCUUAAAGUUGUUCUGCCAUUCUGUUAUAUAAGGUCUAAUCUAUAUUUUAUUUUCACUUACUCAUCUCUUUUCAUAUCUCCUGGUCAUCUUAGCUAUUGAAAUUCCAUCACUCUUAGACGGGAACAUUUCAAAUGACAAACUGCAUUUGAACUGCAGGGUGAAUUCCAAAUCUACUGCGUCCUUUAUGUGAACAUGUGAUUCUGAUCUCAUUGCCAAAUGACUUAAUUCUAAUUGAAAAAUUGUACCCUUUUUCUCUGAUUUCCCCCUACAAGAUGAAGUAGUCUCACCAUUGAUUCUGUCACAUCCUUUUCAUAUUGUAAAAAUCCUUAAUUACAUUCUCUCUCAACGUUCUAACCUCAGCAAAAAGGUAGUCAAGUUCACGCAAUGAGUCCCCAUAAUUUAACCCUUUAAGCCCUAAUACAGGCUAAAUGAAUCUGCUUUGUCUUAUUGCAUAAUAAUUCAACAUGUUCCCUUGGCUGAUAAAGAAGACUGAUAACUGAAUUAUCAAAAACUUACAUUUUAAUGAUCAAAUAAAUCAUAUACUGGUGUAGAUUCAGUGUUCAUUUCUGCUGAUUAUAUUAAACCAGUUAAUUUUAAUAAAUUUUGAAGGCUAUUUUAGGCAUAAAUUUACACAAAUAAAAUACCAUGGCUUGCAAAUAUUGUAGUUAUUCCAGUUUCAUCCAAAGAGGAAUGUCCAGGCUUAGGUUUUUCACAGAAAAGUGAUAUUAAUUUGAAAUAAUGGGUAAAAGUUUUGCAAUGCAGUUUGUAAGCAUGAAUAUGUCUCAGUAAUUGAUACAGUCUUUUGCACUCUUGAUGAAGGUAAUGCUCUGUCUUGUACCUGAUUAUCAAUAUUGGAUUUAUGUAUGGAAAGGCAAUUGUGUUACUGCUUAUUAGUACAUUUUAGCAUCUGAUGCCUCGUUGUGUGUACAGUAAGUGCCAUAGAGUAUAUACUCGGUACAAUGAAUGAAAGGAAGUGAAAGCACGAACAAAAUGUGAUGUUCCGGUUAGGUCUAUAAGGUUAUUUUAGUUCCCCAUAAUAGUUCUAAUCAUCAACAAUUGUGCGUACACAGCCAGUGCUGCUUUAUUGCUUACUGCUCACAGCUACAUUUUCCAAACAGAAGUUAUAUACAAUUAAUCUAAGCACAUGUAUUUCCAACAGCAUCUCUAGAUUUACCUUUAAAAAAUCAUUACAUCAGAUAUUUUGUGAAAGAGUGGUUCAAACUCAGUACAAGACAGGAAGAAAUGUGUUGCACUUUGAAUUUUUUAUAAUACAUAUUAUAUAUUUAGAUUUUUUUCAGAAAGAAUGGUUGAUAUUUUUGAAUAUAAAUGUUAUAGUGUGUAUAACACAAUUUGUGCUGUUAUAUUUCACAGUACUGAAGAAGCUACUUAAUGAGAAUGUACUUGUGUUAAAUAAAACACGUUUUGUCUAUGAA